AUGGAUGCAAAUUUUGUAAAGGAGGAAGAGGUCACAAAAAUUGAAGAGAUGGAUUCAACAGAAGAAAUGAAGCCAGAAGUUCAGGUGACUUCCAUUUACGGGACUAAACUUUGGAUAAAGAUCGUCUAUCAGAAAACAAAAGGCAGAUUUACCAAAAUAAUGGAGGCCAUAAGUGUGCUUGGAUUUGAUAUUACUGAUAUCAGUGUCACCACCUCCAAAGGAGCAAUUCUUGUUACUUCAUGUGUGGAGAUUUCUAUUUCUUUACAUUAUACUAGCCGAACUAUUCGAUUCUAUGGGAAAAGGCAUUGCGUUGAGAACUGCAUUCGCCUUCGGGCCUAUGCAGUAGCAGUUUCAAGUCCAGCACCAGCGCCAUCAGAAAAUGGGGUUCAUUGGAUGUCCAGUGGAGAUCCAGAAAUCCCACUAAUUAGGAAGCAUCAUUCGUCUGUCGCUGGUGGAGAUGCAAUUCUUGGUGGACUAGCCAUUGUUUCAGUUGCUGCUAUUUUCUUCUACAUCCGAAUCACCAGACAAAGCAAAGAAUCUCAUGCCUUAGUCGAGAUUAUCUUAUUUUUCCAGCUUCCAUUCAGCAUUUGA